UCUUCAUUAUAGAUUAAAAAAAAGAACAACGAAAGAGAAAUGCCUCCGCCAUUUUUCACUCACUGCAAAACUCUAUACCCGUUCCUCCCCAACAGCCUUCUCUCCUCUCUUAAAUCGCUAUCAUCCUCUUCCCAACAACAACCACAACAAACCCACCUCCCUCUCCAAUCCCCAAUCGGGUCCCCUGCCCGCAUCCAAAAGCUCAUCGCUGCCCAACCCGACCCACUCCUUGCCAAGGAAAUCUUCGAUCUCGCCUCCCUCCAACCGAAUUUCCGCCAUUCCUACCCUUCCUACCAUACCCUAAUCCUCAAGCUCGCUCGCUCCCGCCAUUUCUCCCUCUCCGAUUCUCUCCUUCGCUCGCUCCGCUCCCAACGCCUCCCCUCCGUCGCCCCAGGCCUAUUCUCCUCCCUUUUCCAGAUCUACGCCGACGCUGGCCUCCCCUCCAAAUCCCUCCAGAUCUUCGAUUCCAUGCUCCAUGAUUUCAACUGCAAGCCCCGCGCCAAACACUUUAAUCGCCUCCUCCUCGUCCUCGCCGAACGCCCCCGUCUCCUCCCUGCUGCCCUCUCCCUCUUCAAGUCCGCGGCCCGCCACGGGAUCGCCAUCAACACCAGGUCCUACAACAUCCUCAUGCGUGCUUUCUGCUUCAACGGCAGAUUGAGCGUCGCCUACUCCCUGUUCAAUCAAAUGCACAAGCAUGACCUUGUCCCUGAUGUGGAAUCGUAUCGGAUUCUGAUGCAGGGGCUGUGCCGUAAGAGCCAGGUGAAUACUGCUUCUGACCUGCUUGAAGAUAUGCUCAAUAAGGGUUUUGUCCCAGAUGCACUGAGCUACACGACGCUGUUGAAUAGCUUGUGUAGGAAGAAGAAGUUGAGAGAGGCAUAUAAGCUCCUUUGUAGGAUGAAGGUGAAAGGAUGCAACCCAGAUAUCAUCCAUUAUAACACGGUGAUUUUGGGUUUUUGUAGGGAGGGUCGCCCUCUUGAUGCAUGCAAGGUUCUUGAAGAAAUGCCGUCAAAUGGGUGCAUUCCAAAUUUAGUGUCUUUUAGUACACUGGUGAAUGGAUUGUGUGAUCAUGGGAUGCUUGACGAGGCGAAGGGUUAUAUGGAGGUGAUGAUUGCGAGAGGCUUGUCGCCACACUUCUCAGCUUUUCAUAAGCUUGUUAAAGGCUUUUGCAAUGUGGGUAAGAUUGAGGAAGCUUUCCAUGUGCUUUCGGAGAUGCUGAGGCACGGUGUGGCCCCACAUCUGGAUACAUGGGUGGUGAUUGUGCCGAGGAUUUGUGACGAGGAUGGAAUGGAAGUGGAGGAGAUUGUUCGUAUGUUUGGGAACGGAGAUUGGAAACGCGAGACAAAGAUUAUUGAUGCAGGCUUUGGUUUGGGGGGUAUGAUCAGAAGGGAACGUGCCAAAAUAAUGAAGUCUUGAUUUUCCUGUGAUGUUUGGUGGAUUGAUCCUUUUUUUUUGGGGUGUGUUGAUGUGAAGAAUGGCAACUUCACCUGCUGAUUAAGUUCUACAUGUCUGCGUAGGAUUAUUUGACAGCACAAACAGCUACGGGACUUCUGAAUGAGUAAUCUCGAUGCACCUUGCCUGUAGAAGUGAAGAUUACUUUGAAGGGAAAACUGGUGGUGGAUGAAUUGAAGGACAAGAUC